AUGUACUUCAAAGCUUCUAUUGCUGCUCUCGCUUCCAUCAGUGCUCUGGCAGCUGCCCAAGCUCCCAGCAUCGACCAAUGGACACAAUCUGAGAUCAACAACGGUACCGCUUGGAAAGAGGUCACCCAAAUCGCUAGAGACAACCAAUUGUACAACUUGGGCACACGCGAAAACUCUCCCUGUCAAUGGGGCACCAUGAAUGUCAGGAAAGAGUUCCGCGAUAUGUCCAAGGAGGACCGCAAGUCUUUCACCGAUGCCGCUACAUGUCUCAUGAACACACCCCCUCAACGCAUGCGUCCCGACCAAGCUGCAGACUACCCUGGAAUCCUAUCUCGUCAUGACGAAUACGUAGCCACCCAUAUUAACCUAACUUUCCACAUCCAUGCGACGGCCGAUUUCCUGGGUUGGCAUAGACACUUCAUCAAGCACUACGAGCAAGACUUGCAGAACCUCUGCGGUUAUACCGGUACCCUUCCCUACUGGAACUGGGCUUUAGACGCCUCAGCUCCCCAGGACUCACCUCUUUUCACUGGUGACGACUACAGCAUGGGUGCCAAUGGCAAGUCCAUUCCCAACCGCAGCGACACAUAUCUCUACACCCAAGGCAUCAAUAUGCCUCCUGGUACCGGCGGUGGCUGCAUCGAAAGCGGCCCUUUCUCCAACAUCACUAUUAAUCUCGGACCCUUGGACUUGCCCAACACCAAGAAUGUCGACAGCAACUAUCAAUACAACCCUCGCUGUCUGAACCGUGACUUCAACUCCUUCUUCACCGAGCGUUACAACACUUUCACCAACGUCACCGAGCUCAUCCUCGAAAGCAUCUACCUCGAAGACUUCCAAGACAGAAUGCAAGGCUAUGCCUCUGGAGACCCCUUUGGCGUUCACGGAGGCGGCCACUGGGGAAUGGGAGGUGCAGCUUCUGACUUCCACUCUUCGCCUUCUGAUCCCCUUUUCUUCCUUCACCACGGUAUGAUUGACAAUGUCUGGACUACCUGGCAAAACCUGGACAUCUACCGUCGUCAGUUCAUCAUCAUGGGCACUUCUACUCUCGGCAACAGCCCGCCUAGUGCUAAGAUGACCUUGGACGAUGUCAUUCCUUUUGGCUUCGUUGCUGACGACCGCAUUUUCCGCGAAUUGAUGGAUACCUUCGCCGAGGGCUACUGCUACCGCUAUGAGUAG